CCGAUAUAUUUUUAACUCGAUCAUCCUUGUAGCAAAGGCAUAGCGAGAAAAUUUAUCCGCAACGUGCACGCGAUGUGUCGAGCCAUGAUUCUAGGUUAGAAAAUUCGCGAGUGCGAAAGAAACGUGCGCGCGCGUGCGUGCGUUCUUCGACUCCGUUCCAGGGAGGAAGUCUCAUACUUUUCUCUCGGGGCACUUAUCUCCUAUAGAAAGAUAAGACGACAGAUAAAUGUCGAGGAAAUAAGGCUGAACUUUAAUCGAUGCCGAGCAUCGUCUUCUUUCGGAAAAGGAGGCGAUAAGGAAAAAAUCAAAACUGUGCCUCGCUGUGUUGUCGUCGAGCAACGCUUGUGUGUGUGCAUCGAGUUCUUAUAAAAUCGACAUUGUUACGCCAAGCUAUUACGCAUACGGGACUGACUACGUUGGACUUUCUUGGGGAUUUUGGAGGGAUACGUGCCGAGCCUUUAUUCUAAAUUUCCAGGACGAAGCUGUCUGCCCUCGUCCAUAAACAAAAUGUCGAUUAUAAUUCAAUACGUGGACCGGUUCCACGAAAUCUUGGACAAACACGCAGACGCACGAACGACGAACUGGCUAUUGAUGAGAUCUCCCUUUCCAACUCUAUUCAUAUGUCUUACUUAUAUAUACAUCGUCAAAGUUUUGGGACCAAAGCUGAUGGAAAAUCGAAAGCCCUUUCAACUGACGAACGUUCUCAUAGUUUAUAAUUUGCUCCAAGUGAUCUUCUCGGCGUGGCUCUUCCACGAGUGCCUGAUGGGUGGAUGGUGGAGCCACUAUAGUUUCCAUUGUCAGCCUGUGGAUUAUUCGAACAGCCCGACCGCAAUAAAGAUAGGAAUGUCCGGAUGGCUGACUGGAGAGUAUUCUUUAAAGUGUCAACCUGUAGACUACAGUGAACGACCCCAAGUACUAAGGAUGGUGCACGCCAGUUGGUGGUAUUACUUUUCGAAAUUUACGGAGUUCAUGGAUACGAUCUUUUUUGUACUGAGAAAAAAAAAUAACCACGUGUCGAUGCUUCAUGUUAUCCAUCACGGCUGCAUGCCAAUGUCCGUCUGGUUUGGCGUUAAAUUCACUCCUGGCGGUCACUCAACCUUCUUUGGAUUACUCAACACCUUCGUACACAUUAUCAUGUACACGUACUAUUUACUCGCCGCUCUAGGGCCAAAAAUACAGCCUUACCUCUGGUGGAAAAAGUAUCUUACGGCCUUCCAAAUGAUCCAAUUCGUAUUAAUAAUGAUACACGCCUUCCAAUUGCUCUUCAUCGACUGCGAUUAUCCGAAAGCCUUCGUCUGGUGGAUCGGCAUGCACGCCAUUAUGUUCUUCUUCCUCUUCAACAAGUUCUAUCAGCAAAAUUAUCAACAAAAGAAGACUACUAAAAAGAUGACAAGUAAUGGUAUUGCAAAUGGCAAAGCGAACGGCGUCAUCUCAAAUGGCAAUAUCGCCAGCAACGGCACGAUAAGAAGGGAUGCUGCGGAUUAUUACGUUAAAGGAGAGAGUUUAGCAGCGACAGAAUUCAACCUUCGAAAAGGUUAUCUUCUGAACGAGUGACCCAAGCAAAAAAUUCAUCGUCGUUGUUCUUCCUCUUCUUUGCCACCAAAUGCCUUCAAGUCACAUCGACAGCUCGUUAAAAUGAUAACCGCAACGUGGAUCUCUCCUCCUUGGCUCAUCCAUCUUCCUCAUUUGAUAUUUAACACUUUUGUUUUUUCUAUCUCUCCAAACCUUGCGCCGUUCUUUAAACUUUCAAUUCCUCUUCCUUGCCUUCAUAGGUACUUUUUUAAAAUCUACCGAGUUAAAGUUAAAGACGAAAGGAGAAUAAUUUUUAUUCGACCAAAAUUCGCUUUUUCAUCCUCUUUCCCCUUUAUCCCGUUCGAAAGGUAUAUACGUAUAUCGUUGGAUGACACGUGUCUUUUUAAAAAAGAGGAGAUUAAAGGGAAGCGCGCAUCAGGGCCAUCGUGUGUACAACAAAAAGCACAUGCUUACAAGUACGUAAUCGAUAACGACGAUUUCGUUUCGCGAUAUCGUCUCUCUUGGGAUUUCUUGUCUUUCUUUCUAUAAAUCAAAUGAUAAUAAUUAAUCGAUACGUUUAAGGUACGCGUUUCCGUAUCUUGGAAAUACUUUACCGCAAAACUCUCGCUAUCGAAGGAAUCGUGACGGUGGAAGGAAAUCCUCUUAGAGAUCGGUUAACUUUCUUAUUCCAUCGUUCUUUUUACUCGUUUCCUCGUUGCAUUCCAUAAGAUUUGCGAUGUGAAUAUUAUUAUUUCGACUUGCUCGAACGAAUAGCUUCGUGAGAAUAUCUGACUUGUUAAAGUGGAAUAUAUAGGCGAGCUCGCGAUGCGUCUAAUGUUGUACAUAAUAAAUUGAACGGGCAGUAAUGUUAAACGAUGAGGAACAAUGCAACCGUAAGCGUAGCGACUUGUGUCGUGUCUCGCGCGUCCACGUGUAUCUGUCUGCUGUCUGUGUGUCUGUGGGUGUAUGUGUGUGUGUGCGUGCGUGAAUGCCAUGACGUCGCGCAAAGCGAAGAAAACCGUGGUCUCGAUGAUGUUUUUCAAAAAAGGAAAAAAAAAGAAAGACAUACGUAUAUGUGUGCGUGCAUUAGUGCUUGUGCGUGUAUAUGUAUAUUCUAAGGACGAUCAUAAUCGUACUCCUGGUUGCUCGUUCACCAGCUCGUUCGAUUUUUCGACUUCAUUUUUAUUCGCAUUACAUUAAAUUACGACCACCAAUUUCACUCGCUUUGGAUGUCUCUCGUACAACCCUGUAUAUAGAUAGAUUAGUUUUGUAUUAUCUAGAAAGAUCGAGGUAUAUGAUGCUAUGCCGUCAAUACACCACUAAUGAAAUGAUAUAUACAUGUGUGUGUGUGUGUGUGUGUGUGUGCGAGAGAAUGAAUUAAAGGGGAUGAUAAUGCGAUUACUUCCUCGAGAAUAUAAUCUUUGGAGAUAGUAAAUAAGCGCACGAUAAUCAUAAUUAAUGUGCGCGUGCAUAUUUGUGUGUACAAAUGUUAACACUCGUCGAGAUGAAAGAAAUAUUGUUUUACAUAUUUGCGGCUAUGUACAUAAGGAUUCUUCGAUAAUGCGCCCUCUACAAUAUCUUUUGAAAAGAUAGCUUUAUUAUUACUUUCUUUUUCUCUCUGUCCAAAAACGAUCAUUUGUUCGGUGCCCCUCUCGUUACAUUUGAACGAGAUUAAGAUCUCUAUUAAAAGGAAAGAAAAUAAUAAUAAGGAGAAGCUGCUAAUUAUUCUUCUUUCUAUCGGCAGGGAGUUUGAAGUUGUAUCGUUAUAAAUAUUUCUCCGCAUUCAAAAGCCGACUUAUUGUAUCACACGUGAAUACUGCCUAGUUUGUAUUUGAAAUAUUCAGUCGAAUCGGGGUGGGUUAAUAAAGUAGGAGAGAAUUGUACAAUAUUAUAUUCUUAUAUAGGGGUAUGUUUUAUAGUCAAAUUUAUGAAUUUGCGGUGAGUCCGUUCGCGACACAUGAUGUAUUUUUGUUAAUAAUAAAAUACUAUGCAUUAUAGGAACGACAA